AAGAGUCCAGAGAGCUUUCCGCGACACCACCAUUAACUAGAUCAAGGUUUCUCCACCUGAAAAUCCCAAUAGUUCUUUGGGAAGUUAGUUUGUUCAAUCUAGUGUGAAGGCUAGUGUGACUUAAUGAAUGAGCAUCACCCCUCCCUUCAUUCUCCUAACCCUUCCCAGCUCCCUUUUGCUGUGUUGUUUUGUUCUGUCCUGUUCUGUUUCGCUUAGCUUCAGGCGAUGAUCAGUUAAAGCCCCAGGAUUAAGGUCAAACGCAACAUCGGUCCUAUUGGUCGAGAUUUCAUGAUGUGGUAGUAGUUCAGAAAUCCGGAUGCUCGGGAAGGAAGCGGAGAUACUGAAACGAAAAGAGCAAAAGUAGAGAUGGUGAAGCCUAGUCUUGGGGAGAAAGAGAAUAGAUUAUCUUCUGUUUAGCAUCUGAAUUAGCGGGAAGUUGGUGUGAGUCCCACACUCACAGAGAGAAUGAGUGGAGAACCAGGCUUAGCAAAGAGGUCGGAGCAUAAGGUCCCCGCCCCAACUUCCCUUUGCUAACAGGGAGUGGCUCUUGGGUGAUAUAGUGUAAAACUCUCUGAAUCCGGAGUCAGACGACUUUCAUCUCAGCACCUCUACCCGCCCACUUAGCUCUGUGACUUGGCUAAAUCCCAAUUAAAGAGGAAAUGUAGGUCCAAGUCCAUUAGAAGUAAAGCCAUAAUUGCCCAAGACAACAAGGAGUUGUUUGCUUGCUGAUCUCCUGUGUGUUUCUCAUAAGCUUUGGAUUCUAAACUCUCCAGUGUUGUAGCAGUAAGGAAAAAGUCCCAUGGAUUCAUCUGUGGUCACUGCUCUUGGCCUGGUACUCUGUCUGCUUCUCAUUUCAGUAUGGAGAAGGGGCUAUGGAAAAGGAAAGUUCCCACCUGGGCCUACUCCUCUUCCAAUUAUUGGAAAUAUGCUGCAGUUAGAUACUAAGAAUAUCAAUAAAUCCAUUUGCCUGCUGGCAAAAACUUAUGGCCCAGUAUUCACUCUGUGCUUGGGUUCUGAGCGUGCUAUCGUGUUACAUGGACAUAAAGCAAUUAAGGAAGCUCUGAUUGGUCAUGGAGAUGCAUUUGCUGGCAGAGGAAGUUUCCCAGUGUCUGACACCAUUAACAAGGGAUUGGGACUCCUUUUCAGUAAUGGAGAGAGAUGGAAGCAAAUUCGCCGCUUCUCACUCAUGACCCUAAGGAAUUUUGGGAUGGGGAAGAGGAGCAUUGAGGAACAAGUCCAAGAAGAAGCCAAGUGCCUGGUGGAAGAAUUAAAAAAAACAAAAGGACUGCCUUGUGACCCCACCAUCACCCUUGGAUCUGCCCCCUGCAAUGUCAUCUGCUCAGUUGUUUUCCAGAAACGUUUUGACUAUCAAGAUCAGAAAUUUCUAUAUUUAAUGGAGCUUUUAAAUGAAAAUGUCAGGAUUCUCAGCUCCCCAUGGAUACAGGUCUACAAUUCUUUCCCAUCUCUAGUCCAUUAUCUCCCAGGAAUUCAUCAUAAAUUAAUCAAAAACUUUCAUGACUUGAGUGCCUUUGUUUUGGAGAGAGUGAAAGAGCAUCAAGCAAUCCUAGAUGUCAAUGACCCUCGAGACUUCAUUGACUGUUUCCUGAUGAAAAUGGAGCAGGAAAAGCAAAACCCACAGUCUGAGUUUACCAUUGAAAACUUAGUCCAAACCACUCUUGAUCUCUUUGGAGCUGGGACAGAAACCACCAGCACCACUCUGAGAUAUGGCUUCCUGAUUCUGCUGAAGUACCCUCAUAUCACAAAAAAAAUCCAUGAAGAAAUUGACCAAGUGAUUGGCCAAAACCAAAGUCCCAGCAUGAAAGACAGAAGCAAUAUGCCUUAUACCAAUGCUGUGAUCAAUGAAAUACAGAGAUACAUUGACCUCGUCCCUGCCAGUGUGCCUCAUGCAGUAACAGAAGACAUUCAGUUCAGACAAUACCUCAUCCCCAAGGGCACAACCAUAAUACCAUUACUGACUUCUGUUCUGUAUGACAAUGAAGAGUUCCCCAAUCCAGACCAGUUUGACCCACACCAUUUCCUGGAUGAAAGGGGCAACUUUAAGAAAAGUGACUAUUUUGUACCUUUUGCAACAGGGAAAAGGGCAUGUGUUGGCCAAAGCCUGGCUCAGAUGGAAUUGUUUCUCUUUUUCACCACCAUCUUACAAAAUUUCACCUUGAAGCCUGUCAUUGACCCCAACGAUAUUGACAUCACCCCAGUCGCCAGUGGGUUCAACCACGUGCCACCCUCUUAUGAGAUCUGCUUCCUAUCUUCCAAGAGCACAUAAAGGAGCACCCCUCUACUGGUGGUUAUAGUGCCUUCUCACUAUCUUGUGCACACAUUAUGCUCAUUCUCUUGCCUGGCAUUCAAAGCUUUCCAUGACCUGGGUCAAAUGUACUUCUCCAGCCUGAUUUCUAACUGCUCCCUUUGGUUUUAAUAAAAAUGAAUUAUAAACCAUCCCCUCCCAACAUUUCUCAGGUUCCUUGCCCCAGUGUCUUUGCUCCUAUGAAGUAUUCCUGUUCCCCAGGGUAUUUCCUCCCACUCUUAUCUUCCCCUGUUGAUACACUACCCAUCCUUAAAGAUCAGCUCAGAUACCACAUCCCUCUGAAUUCCUUUGCACGUAUGAUCACAA